AUGAUAGCUGCUGGAUGGCAGUGGGCCACCGCCACAAAGAACAUCCGACGGAACAAAGUACAUGGUGAGGAGGAGGCCAAGCUUGUGUUGGAUGAUGCCUUUGAGGCUAUGGACAAGACCACCAACGAAACCUCAAUGCAAGGUGAAAUGGAUGUGCAGGAUGACAGCGGCUUCCUCCUGGAGAACGACAUCCCGGACAUCGAUGGCAGCGAUGCUGCCAUCACCAACGGCCAGGCCGAUGGUGCAGCAGCAGCAUCCUCUGCACAGGAAAGGCUGUCCAAGGCCGGCGGCACACGAGCGGAAACGCUGAGAGAUCAGCUGGAGACGAUUCUGUCGAAUAUGCGGGGCCUCUUCGAAAAGCUGACUCAGAAGCAGUCCGAAAGCUUGACGCCCUUCUCAGACUCCUUGCUGCGAUUGUUUGCGGAAACGACGAAGCAGGACCUGAUCAUGAACAACUAUGUUGUGAGGGCGAAGUCCGUGAAGGGCGGUGCUGGCUCAUCCACUGACAAGCCGAAGAAGGAGAAGAAGGAGAAGGACAAGCCCAAGGCCAAGAAACCCGGCAAGAAAGACAACAAGAACAAGAAGGACAAGGGCCUGCUGAACAAUGCUGCCAGCUCCGAGAGUGAUUCAGGAAGUGAAGAAGGCACCGACGAUGACCUGGCCGAUGAGCUUCUUGUGGGCUUUGAAGCAGGGGCCAACACGCUGCAAGCAGUUAAGCUAGCCAUAGCUUCCGGGAGAGAAUGCUAG